AUGUUGUUCUGGGUCCAGUGCCGGCUGAGGGACUACAAGACAGUGAAGGUAGAGAACUUCUCCACCAGCUGGAGCGAUGGCAUCGCGUUCUGCGCGCUCAUUCAUCACUUCUUCCCGGACGCCUUCGACUUCAGCAAGCUGGAUCCUAGAAAUCGGCGCUACAACUUCGACUUGGCCUUCAGAACCGCCGACGAGAGAGCCGGCAUCUUCCCUCUGUUGGAGCCCGACGACAUGGUGGCCAUGGAGAAGCCCGACUGGAAGAGCGUCUUCGCCUACAUCCAGUCCAUCUACAGCGUGCUGAAGUGA